AUGUCUGAUAAAAUGAAGAAUACCCGUAUUGCCAUUGUCUCUGAAGACAAGUGCAAACCAAAAAGAUGUCGUCAAGAAUGUAGAAAAGGGUGUCCUGUGGUGAAAACUGGGAAAUUAUGUAUUGAAGUGACACCAGCCUCCAAGAUUUCUUUCAUUUCUGAAAUUCUUUGUAUCGGUUGUGGUAUUUGUGUGAAAAAGUGUCCAUUUGAUGCCAUCACUAUCAUUAACGUCCCAACAAACUUGGAUAAUGAAGUUACCCACAGAUAUAGUGCUAACUCUUUCAAAUUGCAUAGAUUACCAACCCCAAGACCAGGUCAAGUUUUGGGGUUAGUCGGUACUAACGGUAUUGGUAAAUCUACCGCUUUGAAGAUUUUGGCUGGUAAGCAAAAGCCAAACUUGGGUAGAUACGAUGAUCCACCUGAUUGGGAGCAAAUUUUGAAGCAUUUCAGAGGGUCGGAAUUGCAAAAUUAUUUCACAAAGGUUUUGGAAGAUGAUAUCAAGGCCACUAUCAAGCCUCAAUACGUCGAUAAUGUCCCAAGAGCCAUCAAAGGUCCAUUGAAAAAGGUUGGGGAGUUGAUUAACGCUAGAUUAGAGAGAUCAAAGGAAGACGCCAGAUAUGUGUUGACUACCAUGGAGUUGAAGCAUUUAUUGAAGAGAGAUGUUGCUGCUUUGUCUGGUGGUGAAUUGCAAAGAUUCACUAUUGCAAUGACCUGUGUUCAAGAUGCCACUGUUUAUAUGUUUGAUGAACCAUCCUCUUAUUUGGAUGUCAAGCAAAGAUUGAAGGCGGCUGAAAUCAUUAGAUCUAUGUUGUCUCCAGUUACUUAUUGUAUUGUUGUCGAGCACGAUUUGUCCGUUUUGGAUUAUUUGUCAGAUUUUGUUUGUAUCUUGUAUGGUGUUCCAUCAGUUUAUGGUGUGGUUACUUUGCCAGCUUCUGUUAGAGAAGGUAUCAACAUCUUUUUGGAUGGUCAUUUGCCAGCCGAAAAUUUGAGAUUCAGAACUGAAUCUUUGCAAUUCAGAUUGGCUGACGCUAAUGACACUUUCCAAGUCGAUGCUUCUAGAAGAUUUGUUUACCCAGAAUUCUUUAAGACUCAAGGUGAUUUCAAAUUGAGAGUCAAGGAAGGUGAAUUUACCGACUCUGAAAUUAUUGUUAUGAUGGGUGAAAACGGUACAGGUAAGACCACUUUCUGUAAAUUGUUGGCUGGUGCCAUUCCACCAGACGAUGGUAGUCAGGUUCCAAAAUUGAACAUUUCUAUGAAACCUCAAAAGAUUGCUCCAAAGUUCACCGGUACUGUCCGUCAAUUGUUCUACAAGAAGAUCAGAGGCCAAUUCUUAAAUUCCCAAUUCCAAACCGAUGUUGUUAAGCCUUUGAGAAUUGACGAUAUCAUCGAUCAAGAAGUUCAACACUUGUCUGGUGGUGAAUUGCAAAGAGUUGCUAUUGUGUUGGCUUUGGGUAAAAUUGCCGACAUUUACCUUAUUGAUGAACCUUCUGCAUACUUGGAUUCUGAACAACGUAUUAUUUGUUCCAAAGUUAUCAGAAGAUUUAUUAUCCAUGCCAAGAAAACCGCUUUUAUUGUUGAGCACGAUUUCAUCAUGGCUACUUAUCUUGCCGAUAAAGUUAUUGUGUUCGAAGGUGUUCCUUCUCAAGAUGCUUAUGCUAACUGUCCAGAAAGUUUGCUUACUGGUUGUAACAGAUUUUUGAAGAAUUUGAAUGUUACUUUCAGAAGAGAUCCAAACUCUUUCAGACCAAGAAUUAACAAGUUAGAUUCUCAAAUGGAUAGAGAACAAAAGGCUAAUGGUAACUACUUCUUCUUGGAAAACAAUGACUUAUGA